CACUCACGUUAUUUGUCACCUCGACGAAAAAACUGCAAGAAAAAUGUAUUGGAACAUUUGACAUUUAUAUCUUCGAAAAUGAUUUUUCGAUGUCGACAGUUUAUUCCGAAAUCCGGCUCCACAUUAAAUGUUAUGUAUUUAUUACAAUUAAACAUUUAUUACUACUGAAGCUACUCUUUUCUCAUAAUUUAUUUAAACCCACCAUUUUCGAUUAGUGUUAUAUUGUAUAGAAUUCUAACAUAAGAAAAUGUUAAAUAUUUGAAUAUCGAAUGUAUCAUCGUAACUCAAAGAACUUUGCAACACUAUUUCGUGGCUAUCAGCUGGAUUUAGCAUUCGAAACUGUCAUCAAUUGGUAUUUUGCAAGGAGGGCGUCGAGCGAAUUGAUUAAAUCUUUUUCUUGUCUUUCCAAUGAUAUUGCAUAAAUUUUAAAAUUUGUGUAAAAAGUUGGAAGCCAUUUAUAGUAUUUAUAAUGCUGACUACUUUGGCCAAUAUUAAACACAUUCUCCAGAAAGAGCUCUUCAAUGGAAAUGGGGAGCGAGUGUUGUCUGUGGUAACGGUGACAAAAACAUUUAAAAAGAAGAAGGCUUGUUAUUUAUGUAUCGUAACCACUCCACCUCCUGUGCCUGUAGUUACUGUAUGCAUAGUGAAGCAGUCCGAGCAGAGAGAAGGCGAGUAUAAAAAGAAACGUACCUGGCAGCUGGAGGAGAUUAAAUGGGUGGAUGGCCGCAAUGAGCAGUUGGAAACACAUGAAUUUGAUAUACAAGUUGAAAAAACAUAUAAAUGGUAUGCCUUAAAUUUGCACGAACGUCAAAAUUUUCUUGCUGUGCUAUACAAACAGAUACAAAAGUAUGUGAGAGCCCAACGAGCAGAAUUUCGAAAUGUGCCCAAUGCGUGGCUAAACGACAAAUCACCAGAAAAAUUGGCUGCUGGGCGAAGUGCCGAACAAAAAAAUAUUCAAGAUACAGAUGACGAAGAAGAAGCGCAAGAGUUUACCGCACUUACAGAUAAAGAAGCUACUGAGUUGGGAAAGUUGUUUUCUGAAUGUGACUUUGCAGUGAAGGACGCGGAGCAACUUAUUGAAAAAUUGUCCAAGGAACUUCAUGAUUUAGACGGGGCAAACAUUCAAAGUGUAUUGGCAUCUGAAAAGCAAGUAUUUGCUUUAAUGGAGCACAUUGAUAAAGCCAUCGCUGAAGCUGAUAGUUUUGAGAAACGUUUGGACUCAUAUGAAGAGAUUUUAGGACAUGUAAAGGAGACCAUGGAGAAGAUUGGUGGUAAAAAUGCUAUGAUAGAAAUUGCUAACAACAACAACAUAAAAUUGAUGAAGGAAUUAAAUAAAGUAAUUUCUCAGUUGGAUCUGCCACAUGUACAUCAACAGGCGCUGGAUGAACCCGAUUUAAAAACUGUUAGUGGUAGAAAAGCUGCCAUUGUUGCGGCACAGAGUUUACAACAGGCGAUGAACAGUGACAUUGACCCAACUCUGCUUCGUCUAGAAGCAGUGCAGGACCAACGUAAACGAUUUGAAAAAUGGAAAGCAAAGUUCUCGGGAAUUGUUAGUCGCUUUAUGAACAACUUGUUUAUACAUUUGGGAAAUGAAAUGGGCGAUAAUACGACAAUGAAUACUGAGCUUGUACUACCUAACCAUCUAGCGGUACAUCGUGAGCUAACGCCUUAUACAGAGCUUAUGCAUUGGACGAAGGCUAUGGACCGAAAAACUUAUGAUGGUUUAACCCGUGUGUAUACCACAUCGCUAAGUAAGAUUUAUGAACGUGAUAUCAGGAACUUUUUUUCCUUGGCUAAACUCCAGAUAUCCGAAAAAUUGCGGACAUCUCGUGAAGACCUUGAUACAUCAGCUUCAUCGAAAAAAUCCGCUAUAUCUGCAGCACCUUACGGUACAUUAGGUGUGAAUCGUGACCAGUGGGGGCCUGGAGUGGAGAACACAGAUCGCGAACGCUUUGACUCAGUACUGGAAAAAGUGUUGGCGGAACUGGAGCCAGUCGCGCUACAAGAGCAGAUGUUCUGUAUAAACUUCUUCCAAAUGGACGUAAUUAGCCCAACAUCGAAGAAUACUCAAACCACAUUGGAAGUUUUAGAAAAAAGCACUGACUCCGCGAGCAUUCUAGCUUCACCCACAGCGGCAAGUGGAGGAGGCGAUGCGAGUGGAUUUCCACAGAAGAAAAUAGAUCGUCAAAUAAACGAGGAGGUCCGCAAAUUGAUGAUUGCUUUAUUCGGCUGCUUAGAGCCAGAGCUGGUAAGCUUUAUACAAAGCUAUGAACGCAUUGAUAGUUUCUAUUCACUUUACGUGCUCGUACGUUUAACGCAGCACGUCAUGUCGGCCCAAGAUACACAUUCCUUCCUUAGUAUGACCUUCGCCUCGGCGCUGGUUCAAGUUAAACGGAACUUUGACCGUUUUAUGCAGCAACAACUUUUGUCGGUCAAAGAAGCUAAAGUGCCUAAGCGUUCCAAGUGUGGCAUCUUGCCAUACGUGGAGAACUUCGAGUAUUUCGCACAAACUUCCGAGGGCAUUUUCCGGAAAUCGGAUCGUCGCACUGAUAUGGAAAAGUGGUAUUUACAGUUGGUGAAUUCAAUUUUUGAAAGCAUCAGUAUGCAUGCACAAGAGCACCCGAAAACGCCGUCGCAAGUCGUGCGCAUGGAAAACUACCACCACAUGUACUCGUUACUGGCGCAGCUAAAGGUACCCGGUCUGGAUGCAAUGAAGAAGGAAGCUAAAAUGCGCUAUAAUGAUGCGCUGAAAGUUUAUGUCAUACAAUAUUUUGGGCGUCCGCUGGAAAAACUAAAUCUCUUCUUUGAAGGUGUACAACAAAAGGUGGCUCAAGGUGUCAAAGAGACGGAGAUCAGCUACCAAAUGGCGUUCUCUAAGCAAGAAUUGCGUAAAGUUAUCAGCCAGUAUCCAGCACGUGAGGUCAAAAAAGGUCUGGAGAAUCUCUACAAAAAAGUCGAGAAACAUCUCUGCGAGGAGGAGAAUCUCCUGCAAGUAGUUUGGCAUGCCAUGCAAGAGGAGUUUAUUGCGCAAUACAAUUUUUUGGAAGAACGCAUACAGAAAUGCUACGCGGGAGCGAUGAUUACUUUAGAAUUCAACAUACAAGAUAUAUUGAAUUUCUUCUCGGACAUAGCGCGUUCGCAUUGAAUUUGCAUAGAGGUAAAUGCCUUGUUUGGAGAUACCGAGUAUUUCGUUACUUUUGUAAAACGAAAGCCACUUUCAAAUAUUUUUUUUAAUUAUUAUGUAUUAUUAUUAUUACGAAUGUAAAACUAUUGCUUUUCAAAAUAUGUAGGUAUGGAAAUAUUUAAGUUUACAAAGACGUGCAGAAUAUGUAUUAUUUCUAAGUGCAAUGGAGCAAAUACAAAUAAUAUAAAUAUGAAUAUACCACUCUGA